GUAAAAGAAAAGCUACAAGGACAUGAAUCAUGUCCAGCAUUUGAUUUGUGGCUGUAAGAGGUACUAUGGCCCCCUGUUCCGUACUGGAUCAUGUAAUGAGAGAGAGUACGUAGAUAGAAAGAGAUAGCACGCAGUAGCAAAGCAAAGCAAUAAUGGGAGUGAGACGAUGGUUUUGUUCAUGGAUUCCGUUUCUGGCGAUGGUGAUUGUGGAGUGCCUUGACGUUGGGUUGACCACACUUGGCAAAGCAGCCAUGUCAAGAGGGAUGAACCACUUUAUUUUUGUUGUCUACUCAAAUGCUCUUGCCACUUUGAUCCUCCUCCCUUCUUCUUUCUUCAUCAACAGGAACAGAACUACAACACCACCUCUUUCUUUCUCGCUUCUUUGCAAAUUCUUCCUCCUUGCCCUUGUUGGCAUAACUGUGAUGCAGAAUUGUGUUUUCACUGGCAUAAGCUACAGCUCUCCCACUCUUGGAUCUGCUAUGAGCAACUUGACUCCAGCAAUUACUUUUUUGCUGGCUGUCAUAUUCAGGAUGGAGAAAUUUGAAAUUAGGAGCUCCAUAAGCCAGAUCAAGAUGCUGGGAGCCGUGGUGUCCAUAUCAGGAGCAUUACUCGUCACCCUUUACAAGGGAAGUCCGAUUGCUGGCUUUCAAAUUCAACCAUUACAACAAAUGCUUUCAGAGACUACCAAUUGGGUCAUUGGUGGCCUCUUUCUUGCCAUUGCAUCUACAUCCCUUGCAAUCUGGAAUAUUGCUCAGGCAGCAAUUCUUAAAGGAUACCCCUCUCAGUUGACCAUUAUAGCCUUCUACUGCCUGUUUGGAACCAUCCAAUGUGCAAUACUUUCCUUGAUCGUAGUCAGAGAUCCAAAUGCCUGGAAACUAAGGCCUGACAUUGAGCUCACCACCAUAUUCUAUUCAGCAAUUUUCGGAAGUGUGGUCACUUUUUCUGUAUUGACCUGGUGCAUAAAUAAAAAAGGACCAGUAUUUGUGACCAUGUUCAAGCCUUUGGGGAUUGCAAUUGCUGCAUUCUCAAGUGUUGUCUUCCUUGGUGAAACACUUCCUGUUGGCAGGACUAUUGGUUUGAUGGUAAUCAUCAUCGGAUUUUACACAGUACUUUGGGCACAAUCCAAAGAAGAAAUUGGAGAAGGCAUCGAUGUAGAUAGACAAUCAUCCCUGUCUGCACAAGCAAGUCCUCUACUAGAGUCACCAUGAAAGCAAUGUUUCAGGCACAACCACUGAUCCAAGUUGAAUAUAAUUCAACAGAUAUCACUUAUGAAAGAACAUAUCUUUUUUUCAGGAAAAUUUUACCAAUUUAUCGUUCUAUUUUGUAUUACCCCUCAGGUAAGUCAAAAAAAGACAUCACAUUGGUGAAAGGAAUGAAAACUCUACAUUGCUCACCUCCCUCAAUUCAAAAAAACUAAAUGUCCCGCAAGACGGUUGUAAA